AUGUCCUCUGCCAUGUAGCUUGGUUUCAUUUGUCAUAUCUUGGUUUUCACUAGGCAAAGAGAAUAAUAGUAAGAUGGAUAAGAAGGGAUUGAGGCCAGUACCGGUGGCUUAUUUAGUGUUGGGGAUGUUGAUGCUGGCGGGGCAGUCCAGUGCUUCUUUCAAAAGCUGCUUCGAGAGUUGCUUCAUCCUCUGUGUCAUCACUCCAAACCACUCCGUUAGCUACUGCAGUUUUCAGUGCUUGAAAGAUUGCAUCAUACCAAGUAGAUCUCCUUUAGAUCAUAGCAAUAUCCACAAAGACAAUGUCUACUUCUGCAAACUUGGAUGUGCUUCUUCCUUGUGUUCCAAUCUCAGCACUAAAGAAAACCCAGAGGUUGAGAAGGUAGGCGGCUGCGUGGAUUCUUGCUCAGAGACAUGUACCAUCAAGAAUACCUGAGACCGGACGAGGAUUCCUUCUUGAUUUUCUUUGUGAGGAUCCAAGGAAUUCUUAUAUUCUAUUCGUUCAUCGUAUAUUGUACGAUCAAUUUUAGUUAGGGACUGUUUGUAUUUAAUUUUAAAUAAAAAAUUGAAGUGAUUUCUGACCCCCAUAAUUUUAGUUAGGUACUGCUUGUAUUUAAUUUUAAAUAAAAAAAUUGAAGUGAUUUCUGAUCCCACAAUGUACGAUGAACGGAUAGGAGAAUAGGAUCCAAAUCGAAGCAUCGAAGAUUAGGGUUUGGUUAAUUGAU